AUCAGCUGGUGUGAUGGGAGAUACCGUUGGCCGCAGGAAGGGCCACUUCUUCUCCAGGACUACACUGAAAGGUGACAAGUAUCUCUGGUUGUGUUGCCCAAUAAUCAGUCGAAAUACCUGUGAUCAUGAAGUCCACGGCUGCAUACGUGGGAGAUCUUGAUCAUGUUAGAGGACCGGAGCGCGAAGCACCACCACAUGUCAGCGGUACUCGUCCUUCUACUGAGUUUGGAGAUCACGACCCCGCGGAUCAAGUACGACAGAGCGACCUCAUUUACGGAUAUACCAGUUCUCCAGUACCAUCCUAUUUCCCUUUCGAUACAUACCCUCAAGAUCACCGAGGACAGAGCCCGUUAUUCGAAUGGUCCACAGUCUACCACACGACCGCUCGCUCAAAUACCCAGACAAGAAAUCAGCCCUUUAGCAUCUAUGGGACUUCUAGUGACAAUGUCAUGGCCGACGAUCUCACAUAUGACCCCGUUCUGCCGCCUCUCGUUUCCAGCCUAGGAAGCCAUGAUAUCCCGAUGCCAUUCAACUCCACUACAAUGGUGUGGGAACGAUUUCCAGCACCAGAGGACACAAAUCUAAAUGACAGCUGCUCCCUUCAUACUACCAGUCAAGAACAUCACCAGGACCUUGGCGAUGAGAACGAGUUGGCCACUAAACUAGAGCUGGAUCCUGUAUUGCCGAUGAAUUCGCCCUCCUCAUCCCUUUCAACCGUAGGUGACAUCACCGAAAGCUCAGCAACGUCAGAGUGCGUUUCCCUUGAGGAACCAGAAAUGUCACUAGCCAAACGCCGUCGUGUUUCUGCUCCAAGUCUGCGCUGGAACACAACGCGAAAGACGCGGAAGAAGAAGCUCGAACAGACGACCAUCGUAUUCCCUCAGUCUCCAACUUCCUCCACCCCGAAAACAAACCACAAUGCUAUCGAAAAGCAAUACCGCAAUCGUCUGAAUGAUAAAUUUGAGGCAUUACUGUCUGUGCUGCCAGCGCAAGAGGCGGAAAGUGAGGGGGGAAGUCUGGCAACAGUGAGUAAGGGGGAUGUGCUGAUAUUGGCUAAGGAUUAUAUUGAGAGCUUGGAAAAAUCCCGAGACGAGCUGCGGGAGGAUCGGAGGUCGUUGGAAGACGAUGUUAAAAAUAUGAAAGAAGCGUGGAUACAGUCGGGGGGGUCUGGUUUUAGCGCAGGCUGAGGCUCGGUCGUGGGUUCAGGAACGGCUGUCUUUGUGCACAACGAGUGGGAUGUU